CUUCCUGUUCCCUACACCCUACUUCCUGUUCCCUACACCCUACUUCCUGUUCCCUACACCCUACACCAGGGGUGUCCUAAAUCUGACACCCAGGACAUGUGUUGUGCAAAAAAAAUCUCAGACUGCACAAAACCUGACAUGGAGGAGCUGCAGUGGGUGGAGGUAGGAGGAUGGGCAGUGCAGAGGUUCCAGUGGAGCGAGUAGAUGAUGAAUCUUUGGAUGGUCUCGACAGACAGGAGGACAUCGCCAGGUUCCCUUAUGUGGAGUUCACAGGCAGAGACAGCAUUACCUGUCCCACUUGUCAAGGCUCUGGUCGCAUCCCCUCAGAUCAGGUGAACGAGCUGGUGGCUUUGAUUCCUUACAGUGAUCAGAGACUGCAGCCUCAGCGGACGAAGCAGUAUGUGGGUCUAUCUGUGAUUGUUUGUUUGUUUGUUUGUUCCCUUGUGACCUUUUUCAUGUUCCCUCGGCCGGUGCUGGUGGAGGACGGAGGGAUUCGGUCUGUCAUCAUCCAUUUCGACCACGACACCAGCCGUGUGCUCAUAAACAUGACUAAUGCCCUGAAGUUUAACAACUGGAACUUCUUCACCGUGUUGGUGGACAGCGUGAGCAGUCAGGUUCUCUACAUGAAGACGGUCAUUGGCACUCAGCAGCUUGACAACAUCAUCAGAAUCCAACCACUAAGCCAGAGACAGAUGAACUUCACUGUGAAUGUGGAGAUCAGCGGGUCGCUGUCCUACGUAUAUGCUUUCUGCACCAUGGCCAGCAUUAAAGUUCAUAACAUUGUGGUGUUCACACAGUGAGUCUCUGUCACGCUUCAUAAUGUUACAAACAUAAAGCCUUUACAGUGACGAGUCAGUGUGAGAAGCUUAAUCACACACACACACACACACACACACACACACACACACACACACACAC